CUAGAUACAAAUCUAAUCCAUCAAAUCUCUUCUUCCGCAACAAAAUUCAAGCUUCAUGCGCAAAUUAAUGAAUCAAAUCAAAAAUUUUGCUCUGAAAUUGCUUCAUUUAUUGCUUCACAUUAAAAGCAUUAGCUUACAUUUAUAAAUAAAAAAGUGGAUUUAUUUUGGUCAUCUUGGGGAAAAAAUAUUUUUUUCAAAGGUACAAAAUUAUUGUUGAAUUUGACCAUUUAAUCGGUAACAUUUAGAUUUCCUGUUUUCCAGCCAUGUCCCUCAACGCCUCUGUGGACUUGGACGCCAUCAUGGACCACGUCUCCGUCGUCCUCUACAGCCUGACGAUCGUGAUCGGCAUCACGGGGAACUCCCUGGUGAUCUGGGUGGCCGGGUUCAAGCUCAAGCCGAAGGUCACUGACGUGUGGUUGGUGAAUCUGGCGAUCGCCGACCUCGUCUUCUGCGUCACGCGAGUCUUCUCCCUCGCCAAGAAGCUCCUCUCCGACGACUGGCCCUUCGGCGUCUUCCUCUGCAAGUUCAACGGCUUCUUCAAGUACGCCAACAUGUUCUGCUCCGUCUUCCUGUUGGCCGUGAUCAGCCUGGACCGGGCGCUCUGCGUCUGGCGGCCCGUCUUCACCAAGCGCCGCCGCACCCUGCGCGCCGCCAGGGUGGUGGCCGCGUGCGCCUGGGCCGCCGCCGCCGCCUUCAGCACGCCUUACUUCGCCUACCGCCAGGUCUACCGGAAGGACAACGUGACCAAGUGCUCCCUGGAGGUGAAGGAGCCCGAGGGCGCCGGCGGCGUCAAGCUGGCCCUGUACGCCGUCCGCUUCCUGUGCGGCUUCCUGUUGCCGUUCGCGGUCGUCCUGACCUGCUACAUCCUGGCCGGGAUCGGCAUCCGACGCACCCGCCUGGCGGGGAAGUCCCGCCCCUUGCGCAUACUGGCGUUGCUCGUCGUGGCCUUCUUCCUGUGCUGGGCGCCGUACCACUGCCUGCUGCUGGUGAAGAUGGUGGACGGCAAGAACGCGGUGGCGAGGGUCUGGCACCCUCUGGCGAGGGGCGUGGCCUACUUCAACAGCUGCGUGAACCCACUGUUGUACUUCUGCACGGGGCUGGACGUGAGGGGGCGGUCCCGGCAGAGUCUGGCGGCGGUGUACCGCCGGGCUCUGGCGGACGACGGCGACGGACAGACGAGUCGAUCCAACGAGCGCUCGCUGGACGACAGCGGCGGGUCCCGGCGAGCGUGCGUCGUCACGGCGACGAGAAGCCGGACGACGGCGGUGGACGAACUCUGAGUGAAAUCGUCUUUAACGGCACAAUUUAUGAAUUAGACUGAAAACUAAAGCGUACUUUCAGGAUUCAGAAUCAGCAACUUUUUAUUGCGAUGUAUAUUUUCACAUACAAGGAACGUGUCAUGGCCGCCGGUGCGACAAUAGACAACGACAUUAACAACAAUCAACACAGUUCAAUAACUAGAACGGGCUCUCGGUAGAGCGCAUACCUUCGCAUAUCACAAGAUUGGGCAUUGAAUUAUGAACAUUUUGGCAUAAGUUACAUGCCAAUUGGAUAAAAAUUGACCGCGCUACGGUAAAAAGAAGAUUUUGACAUUUUGAUGACUUUAACCUUGACCUUUGAUCCGAUCGAUCCCAAAAUCUAAUCAAAUGGUUCCCGGAUAAUAACCAAUCAUCCUACCAAAUUUCAUGCGAUUCGGUUUAAUACUUUUUGAGUUAUGCGAGUAACAUUUUCAAUGCGAAGGUAAUUAAUGACAUAAAUAUAAAAGUAUAUUUAAAAUAUAAUAAUGAAAAAAAGACAUUCAGUCAUCAGAUACAAAAUAACGAGAAGAGUCGUCCAACACAUUAUAUUUAUUUUACAUUCAGAGUGAGGAUACAUCGUACUCAAACACGAUCAUAAUACAAUAAACAACAACAUUCAUAUGAAUCAUCGCAUAGUCAUUGCGCCUGGACUUUCACCCAGGAGACCGCUGUCCAUGUCCCAAGUGAAGUCAACAUGGACUUUAUGUAUUUUACUCAGAAAUCAACCUAAAAAAUAAGAAAUUGGAAGUUAAAAAAAAGAAAUGUGACAAAAUACUGAUACGUUCAGUUUGAGAGUUGUUUUAAAGAGACUCCUUUUUUAUGUUUACCCUACUGUAAGUAUUAUUUAUUAACACUUAAAACUGCAGCGCGUUGUUGUGAAUAAGCGGAGAUCAUAGAGACCAGCGUCAGAUUCAAAUGUUCCUGUAAUGUUGUGCAUGUGAUUAAAGUCGCGGAUGGAAAGUGGAAGUGCGGCGAGUCCGGUGGUGAAGGAAAGAAGGAAGGAAGGAGAGGAAGAGAGACUAUUAAAAGGAAAGCCAGGAAUAACUUGAUGCCUGUUGUCUGGUCAGGGGUCAAACUCAAGGUCAGGAGAAUUAAAACAAUCCAGUAAAAUCCAUGUAUGUAAAACUAUAUUUUCAUUUUCUGCCACCGAAGAUGCACAAAAUGGGUUUAAUGAGUGUAACCGGAAGCUGAGCGUUUAUGGCUUUCAUGGUCGGCAUGCGUGGAUAUAAACGAUAAUAAAAUGAAGCUGUUGUCGGCAACCAGCUCAUGAAACACGGCUGCAGACGAACGUCACUGAGAGUCGGACUGUUUAUCCAAAAGUCUGCUCUGUAGGCUUCAUGGUGAUUCUGUUUCUACGCUAUGAAGCUGACUUCUCUUUUCUACCUUUUGUACAUUUCUGUUGUGCAUACUAUAUUACUUUUGUAAUUGCGAUUCAAAAGAAACCGUAAACAAGAAAAUUAAAGCUUUUUCAAACGUGUCAAAAACGGGAUGCAAUAAAAUGCUGUUCAUAAGCUGUCUUUGGACAUAAGUUAGUCAAGUUCCAUAUUUAAAGUUUGCUGAUUUCAAAAGCGCAACCAGGACCAGUGGCGGCUGGUGGAAUGACUUUUUUUGGGAGCAAACAUCCCAGAAUGAUUCAAUGCAAAACACGCAGCCUCCGUCCACUCCCUCGUUACACAUUUCUCCCCACUCAGUUUACCCCCUACACCGGUUCUUGCUGACGUCUCCCCCCUGGUCAUUCUCUAAUCGGCAUAGAUCCUAUCUGCUGAUGGAUCAUCGAGGUCUGGGUCGUGGAAUUCCUGCUACCGACUACGCCACUGUCCUGUUGAGACUCCGCCCACUCCGCCUCCCCACCGCCAUCUGCCUGAUGGAUCGUGGAGGUCUCCAUCGUGGAAUAUGCCUACUAUGAACUAUUCAUACACUCUGUCAUAUUCAUUGAAUGUAUUUAAACUCUAAUCUGUCCUUCUGGUCACAUGACAUCUAUUGUUCUGUCCAUCCUGAAGGUUUCUUCCCUUUUUUCCCCCUGAAGGGUUAUUUGGGAGUUUUUCCUGAUCCGAUGUGAGGUCAAAGGUCAGAGGUCAGGGAUGUCUAUGUGUACAGAUUGUAAAGCACUCUGAGGCAAAUUAGUAAUUUGU